UGCACAGCAACAUUUCUGACAGUAUUUACAAAAAGUUUAAUAGUCAGGUCGAACCAGUUGCAGUGCUCACUACUUUCAGAUUUUCUAAAGAGAAAACACCUCUCAAAGAGUUUGGAUUUGCAAAUUCACCACCGAUGGCUGAAGACUGUCAAUUCACUGUGGAGGAUCUACAGUGUCCCGUGUGCUGUGAGGUCUUCGAUGUCCCCGUCACACUGAGUUGCAAACAUAGCUUCUGCAAAACCUGCGUUAAGACACACUGGGACUGCAGAGGAACACAGCAAUGUCCUCUGUGCCGCUGUACAGAGCGCUCAUCCAGGCCUCCAAUCAAUCUGGCUCUAAAGAUAGCCUCGGAUGUCUUCAAAAAGAAGCAGGAGCAGAAGCAGUUCAGGGUUAAAUCGGUGGAGUUUUGCUCAAUACACAAUGAGGAACUGAAGCUUUUUUGUCGGAAAGAUGCAGAAUUUAUCUGUGUUGUUUGUACGUCAUCAAGGGAUCACAGAAAUCAUGAGUACUGCCCUAUAGUAGAGGCGACAUCGGAAAUAAUGAAAGUGCUCACAACUAGGUACAAUCCUUUGAAAAAACAGCUAACCACUUUUAAAAAGUUAAAGGGGAGCUUGAAGGAACUGGAAGCAUACAUACAGAAACAAGCAGCUAAAACUGCAGCAGAAGUAAAACAAGAGUAUGCAAAGCUAUGUAGAAUCCUGAGGGAGGAGGAGGCAGCUCGACUCAUGGUGCUUCAAAAUGAGAGCGACAGCAAGACCGAGGUGGUGAGAGAGAAACUGAAGGAGGUCAAUAAGAGCAUUGAAGAGCUCUCUGACAUCAUCAACUACAUAGAACCCAUCAUAAUAGCAGAUGAUCUGACAUUUUUAAAGGAAUGUAAGGAGGCAAUAAGACGGACUAACUACAUUGUACCUGAACCAGAAUAUCCAACAAGGGCACUUAUAGAUGUGUCUAUGUACCUGGGAUCAUUAAAGCAUGGGGUCUGGAAAAGAAUGGAAAAUGAUGUCAGCUACUGCUCUGUCCAUUUUGAUCCAAACACGGCACAUCCUAACUUGAUCAUCAGAGAUGAACUCACCACCAUUAGUUAUGGGGAAAAGCAGCAGCUUCCAGAUAACCCUGACCGCUGCAUGGGCAGCAUGGCUGUACUUGCUGCUCGCGGCUUCAAUUCAGGAAAGCAGCGCUGGGAUGUAGAGGUGGCACACAGCAAAGAGUGGUACGUUGGAGUGGCACAAGAGUCCAUAAAGAGGAAGACUGCAGUUUUCCUCAGCCCAGCAGAGGGUUUCUGGGUAAUUGCAAAUAAUGAGGAAUCCUAUUGGGCUCAGACCUCUCCCCGCACUCGACUUACUCUGAAAAAGAAACCACAGGUAAUCACAGUUGAACUGGACUAUGACAAAGGAAAGGUUUCUUUUUCUAACGCAGCAGAUGGUGCCAGUAUUUACACAUUUAAAGAGAAGUUUACUGAGAGAGUCUUUCCUUAUUUUGCCGCUGGGAUAAAUAAGGGGAACACGCUUCGAAUAUGUGCACUUUAAUGUGUCAGUAAUGCGGUACAAAUAUGUAAAUAUGUAUCAUACAACCACUAUUAACCAACAUAAGGUCACAUUUCACCCAAAAUCAGAGGGGGAAAAUUAAGCUUAUUUUAGGAUCAUUUGUGCAUUGUGCCAUUUUUAUGAGACCAUCAUUUUUUUUAAUUACCAUUAUUUUCAAGGGUCAUUAUUUAAUUUCCAUUACAUUAAUACAGCAGUUUUUACGAUCACCUUAAAUCAGAGUUUUUAGUAAUAAGCUUUCCUGUUUUAGCCAGUAUUUGAGUUUGUGACAGUUUAUACAAUUAACAUGUAUGUUGGAUCUCAUUCAGAUUUAUUUUGAUUCUAUGUUAAUGCAGUUAUACAAUAAACAUUACUGAACAUCAGCUAAGCAUUCUCUAUUCAUUACUGAA